AUGCAAAAUAAUAGAUUUUUUGAGAUUACUGUUCGUAUUCUAAAGAUGUUCAUUUACGGCUUAUUAUUCAUCAUUGUUUUAUGCAGCGCUAUUGUGGCUAAAUCAGCUGUUCUAUUUGCAACUUCGCAGUUGCAAGGUAAUACACAUUUGCUCUAUCGCAACGACUGCAAUUCAAAGUUUGAAGAGGAUAAAUACUUGACUAAACGUACGCAAGAUGAUAUACGCAUAAAAUGGACUUGGUGUUAUUUUAUAUUCAUUGUACCGGAAUGCAUCGGCGUUUUAAAGACAGUAUGGCAUUACUUAUUUAAAAGAAAAUGUAAAAUGCCGAAGAAUCGAAACAUGCUGUUUAUGAUUCUGAUAGAAACAUUACAUACGAUUGGUUUAGUGUUGUUUGUUUUUGUCAUCCUACCAAAAAUUAGCGCGGUGCAAGGCGUCGCUAUUUUCUGUUGCUUAUGUUUUAUACCAGGAUUAUUAAAUCUACUCUCGCGAAAUAAAGAGAACCAAAAUUUAUCGACAAGCAAAUUGAGACUAUAUAUAAUUCUUGAUGUGCUGGCAUUAGUUGCACAAAUUAGCGGUUUGUUCUUAUGGUUCUUAAUCCAGAAUAUCAGUAAUAAAGGUUCAACGUGGCUCUUUCCCAUCGCACUCAUAUUAUGCUCAAUUCGUUGGUGGAGCAAUUAUGUAUCGUUCUAUAGCAACAUUGGUUUCGUGCGAUUCUUAUCGUCCGUGAAAGAGAAUCUUCAGCCGAGUCAACACAUUGUACAAGGAUAUGUAUCCUUCUGGAGGAUUUUUAUUUUCAUCAUUGGUGCUCUCGUCGUUAGCGUAUGCAAUAAUAUAGAUGCCAAAAGCUUCUUCUCACCAAGUUUAACUACAACAGAGAUCAACCUAAUUCCAAACGCUUCCCAAUAUGAUGGAUUUUUCGAUUAUUUCGCUAAUAAUACAAAAAGACACACUUUAAUGGCAUCUUACAAUGUACCUCUUUAUGUGUUUAUGAUUCAAGCUGUUUUCGCCAUGAUAAUGUAUCAAUCCUGCAAAUUUGCGUACAAAACUCAUAUGCACCAGUUCGGCUUCGCGUUUCCAACAAAUUUAGCUAAUCCGGGAGCAGUGUGUUUGAUCUUGGCAUUGUGCACUGCCAGAAAUGAAGACGUCUGCGCUUUUCGCGACGUCAUAGCUUUUCCGGAUUGCUUCUUCUUUGGUGAAACUGUGUUCAAAAAUUGGGGUGAACUUUUUACUAAUGAUACGUGGUACAUUUGGUUCUGGCCAAUGUGGAUGAUAUCACAAUUAUGGAUCACAAUGCAUUUGUGGACCACCGAGAACGAAAGAUUAGCACUGGCAGACAGGAUUUUCUCUACAAUCACUUACGAUUCACUUAUGAUUGACCAAUGUUUGGCGAUGAAUAGAAGAACGCAAAAUAAAAAAGCUGACGAAGACAACGAGGAAAAAAACAAUAGUUCUGAAUUUUCAGAUGCCGAUCUGAGAUUCUCCGACACUAUGUUCGAAGAUAUUGGCUUAGACGAAUGGACCGAACAGGACUUUGACAGAAAGGAGAUGAAUAUGGCACAUGAUAAACGUAAGGAUCGAGUUACGAAAAUUUACGCGUGUGCUACGAUGUGGCACGAAGAGAAAAGUGAAAUGAACCACUUAGUGGGCAGUAUUUUGCGAUUGGACAAGGAUCAAUGUGCAAUGCGUAUCACGCAGCAUCAUUACGACGUUCACAUCAAAGAUUAUUACGAUCUGCAGACGCACAUUUUCUUUGACGACGCAUUUUGCUGCAUGCACGGCUGCGUUGAUUUGUGCAAUCACGAUGAGGACGAGACGCAAGUUAAUCACUACGUGAUGACACUGGUAGAGACGGUCCAAAAAAAUGUGGAAAACUUGGGUAUGCCUGCCUCACCACCCACUAAAUAUCCGACGCCUUACGGAGGUCGUCUCGUAUGGAGAUUGCCAGGUGAAACUGAACUGAUAGUUCAUUUGAAAGACAAAAAUAAAAUUAGACACAGGAAACGGUGGAGCCAGGUCAUGUAUAUGUACUAUCUUCUGGGUUAUCGUCUGAUGGGUCUGUCCAUCGACGUGGAUCGAAAAGAAAUCAUUGCUGAGAACACGUAUAUUCUUACACUGGACGGAGAUAUCGACUUCCGACCGGCCGCUGUCAAGGUUCUGGUGGACUUGAUGAAAAAGGAUAAGGAUCUCGGUGCUGCAUGCGGCCGAAUACAUCCGGUUGGAUCAGGUCCAAUAGUUUGGUUCCAAAAGUUUGAGUAUGCCAUCGGUCACUGGUUGCAAAAAUCCACAGAGCAUACGAUCGGCUCCGUUCUGUGCAGCCCCGGCUGUUUCUCACUCUUUAGAGCGAAAGCGUUAAUGCAGCAUAACGUGAUGGCGAAAUAUGCCACGAAAUCGAGCGAAGCCAGACAUUAUAUUCAGUACGAUCAAGGCGAAGAUCGAUGGCUCUGUACAUUGCUACUCCAAGUGGGCUCUCGAGUUGAAUAUUCAGCGGCAAGUGAUGCGUAUACUCAUGCACCGGAAAUCUUUAGAGAUUUUUACAUACAACGUCGUAGAUGGAUUCCAUCCACUGUCGCAAAUAUAUUUGAUUUAUUGACUUCCAAGGAAACGACGAAAGUAAACAACGAUAUCUCAUGGAUAUACAUCGCUUAUCAGUGGAUUCUGAUAGGAAGUACAAUUCUGGGACCGGGCACAAUAUUUUUAAUGUUGGUUGGCGCGUUCGUUGCCGCGUUUCACAUCGACAACUGGACCAGUUUCUGGUACAAUCUGAUCCCAUUAUGUACAUUCAUCGGCAUUUGCUUCACCUGCAAGGAGCGCAUGCAGUUAUUAGUAGCCGAAAUUAUCAGCGCUGUGUACGGACUGGUGAUGGUAAUCGUCCUCGUGGGAAUUAUGCUGCAAAUCGCCGAAGAUGGAUGGCUCGCACCGAGCAGCCUUCUCUUUUUCAUUGUCGCGGGUCAGCUGAUAGUGGCUGGUCUAUUACAUCCUCAGGAAGCGACCUGUUUAUUAUGCGGUGUUAUUUACUACAUCACUGUGCCAUCCAUGUACAUGCUGUUGAUCAUCUUUUCCGUCUUCAACGUGCACAACGUCACAUGGGGCACGCGGGAUUCGAAAAAGCCGACUGUAAAGCCUCAAGAUGAGACGAGACCCGCGGCAACCAGCCAUCUACCCGGAUUCUUGGCGGGAAAAUUUAAUAACCAAGAUAAUAACAAUAAAAAAGGUUCAUUGGAGUUUUCCUUGGGAGAUCUCUUUAAAUGUGUCUGCUGCAUUCAUACAGGAAUCAGUUAUGAGGAGAAGCGAUUGCUCGAGAUCAACGAUUCUUUACAGCAAAUAAAUAAACAUUUGGAUUUACUGGACAGUAAUUACAGAUUACAUGCAACGAAGAUGGAGACUAGUAACGCUGCACAAUCAUCUUCCAAUGCUAAUAUCUACCCGAGACCGUAUCUUCCAGUAGAAGAGGAGGUGCCCGAAGAAAUCGAGCUGCAGCACAUGACAAACAAGAGUGAUCAAGAGAAUGAGAGCUACGAGGAUAUUGAUGAAGACGAAAGCGACGUUCUAACGCACGUGUCAACAACUUUGAGCCAGGACCAUUCCAACUUUCUUAUUAGUCCUUACUGGCUUCAGGACGAAAGAAUGCGAAGGGGCGACGUAAAUUUUCUGUCAAACCUCGAGGAGGAAUUUUGGAAGAACUUGAUUGGAAAAUACUUGCGGCCCAUCGAAACCGAUGAAGAGAGUCAGAACAAAAUAGUCCAGGAACUGAUAAGCUGCCGCGAUGCGUAUUUACUAAAAUUCUUCAUGAUUAAUGCCCUGUUCGUGCUAAUUGUGUUUCUUAUGCAGUUAAAUAAAGAUACAUUGCAUAUGCAAUGGCCGCUAAGCAUGAAGUACAAUGUUACAUACGAUACAAAAAGGAAUGAGGUAUAUGUGGCAAAAGAAUACUUAAGACUCGAACCGAUUGGAUGUUUAUUUAUUGCCGCAUUCAUCAGCAUAUUAGGCAUUCAGUUUUGUGCUAUGUUGGUCCAUCGAUUCGGCACUCUUUCCCACGUGCUCGCCAACACGAGACUUCCUUUCUUCACUAAGAUUUCGGAAGAUGACACCUUCCAAAAGUAUGUUGAUAUGAUAGCGCAGGAGGUUCAACGCAUGGCAGACGACAAUUUGAUUUUCGAACUCAGGCGAAGUACCAUGACUUCCCCCAGCAGGCGAAGGACCGUACACGAGUUGACGGAAAAUCCGCAAGGACCAUUGAGGAUAUUCGGGAACUGGGGAAAGCUGUUUCGAGGAAUGCUUCGUGAUCCAAAUAAGUCGGGUUUGUCGCGGCGCAUGUCUUCGCGAAUAUCGAAAAGCGAGUUUAGCGCUAUUGAGCGAAGACGAUCAACACAUUUAGAAAGAGGAAAAACAGAGACAAAAGCAUAUGGCAUUUAUGAUAAUGCUGAUAACUUGACAACGCUUUCGAAUAAUCAUACUUUGCAUAAUCUGCAGCCUAGUACAUCAAAUUUUAAUCAAUUCCAGUAUGAUAAUCCGACAUUCAAACGGGACGAAGAUAUAUGAUGCUAAAAAUAAAAAUAAAUACCUUUUAUUUAAUGACGCAAGUAGAUUAGU